UAGCCCGGUAUAUAAACCAGAUAUUUUGGAGAAACGGUAUCAGUUGAGAAACGGAUCCACCCCCGGCCUCGCCAUGAAGACAGUCAUCCUCCUGUGCCUUGUUGCUAUGGCCGUGGCCGACAAAGGAGCUAAAAUCGCUAACUACCAGUACAACAUUGAAGAAGAUGGAUCGUAUGAUGCCAGGUACAGAACCACCAAUGGUAUCCGAGCUCAGGAGGACGGCAUCUCCUACCCAGGCAGUCUGCCCGACACUGGCAACUACGCGAGGAGCGGCUCCUACUCGUACGAUUGGGAGGGCGUCACCUACACGGUCACCUGGACGGCCGACGAGAACGGCUACCACCCCGAGGGAGCUCAUCUGCCCGACUUCAGUUUCACAAGGGAGCACAUCGGCGAAAUAGCUGAGCUCCUGUAAAUAUCGCAUCUUCGCGCCGUUCCAACGAAUGUCUUCAAAUGAUGCCGUGCCAACGGGAGAACGCUACUGAACCGGCUGUGGCCGGAUCACCGUGGUCCGUGAUCCUCUAACUGUGACGCUCAGCUGAUAAACGUUUGUCAUGUGGUGCGUUUCCCGGUUUCUUCGUUGAUUUGUCCUUCGAUUUGUCCGUGGUCUGAGAGUUUCUUCGUGCAAUGUUUUGUCCUGUCCUACGUCUAAUGUUGUGUGGUCUGUUUGUCUGUAAUAAUAUUCGUACACGAA